GAGUAACUACUCUCGCAGUCUCAAGUCUCUUUCCAUGUCUCUCUGAUCCAUAUCGCAGCGCUUGGAGCAUGCUGCCACCCAGCAUGUAAGCAGCCAAGCAAAGGGAAGAGCCUUCAGCAUUAAAAAUUAAAAAAAAAAUAGAACCCUAUAACUCAUUGACAAAACCCUCUGUUUCCCCUCUCCAAGAACAUCGUCUUUCAUCUCUCAAGGGUUUGUAUGGCCUUGAACUCUAAAAUGUCGGUUGUGCAUAACAAAGAUUUGGUUGUUAUCAGGGACGUAUGGAAAUAUAAUCUUGAAAAAGAAUUCAAAUUGAUCCUCAAUAUUGUUGAUGAUUUCCCAUACAUUGCAAUGGACACUGAGUUUCCUGGCAUUGUUUUACGCCCGGUGGGGAGUGUCAAGACUGGCUCUGAUUACAACUAUCAAACCCUUAAGGCAAAUGUUGAUCUUUUGAAGUUAAUUCAACUGGGCCUUACAUUAUCUGAUGAAAAAGGGAACUUGCCAACCUGUGGAACUGAUAAGUAUUGUGUUUGGCAAUUCAAUUUUUGUGAUUUUAACCCCAAUGAAGAUGUCUAUGCUAAUGAUUCUAUCGAGCUUUUAUCCCAAAGUGGCAUUGAUUUUGUGAAGAAUGCAGAAGUUGGUGCUGAUGCUACGAGGUUUACUGAGUUGUUAAUGACGUCUGGGAUUGUUUUGAAUGAUGAUGUUCAUUGGGUUACAUUUCAUAGUGGGUAUGAUUUUGGGUACUUGCUUAAGAUGCUUACUGGCAAGAAACUGCCUGAUACACAAGUAGAUUUUUUUAAGCUGAUCAAGAUAUAUUUCCCUGUGCUUUAUGAUAUUAAGCAUUUGAUGAAGUUUUGUAAUGGUCUUCACGGUGGGUUGAACAAGCUGGCUGAGCAGUUGGGUGUGAAGAGGAUUGGUAUUUCUCACCAAGCAGGUUCUGAUAGUUUGCUUACUAGUAGCACUUUUAUGAAAUUGAAGGAGAUUUUCUUUAGUGGCUCCCCUGAGAGAUAUGCUGGUGUUUUGUAUGGUCUUGGUGUUGAGAAUUGACAGGCUUAAUACUUGUUACCAAAAGAAAAAUAUGAAAUAAAAUCAUUUUUGUUAAUCUGCA